CUCGCUCCGAGGGCAGCGCGGCAGAGGGAGCUGCGGAGUGCCGCGGCCAUCGCUCCUUCGCCUCCUCCGGGAGAGCCGGCGCUGGACAAGCCGCUGCAGGCAGCCAGGGCUGCAGGAGUAGGACUAUGUCCACCAUGGUGUACCCAAGGGAGGAGAAACUGGACAAGCUGAGCCAAGAGGAGAUAAUUUCCAACACCAAGCUGGUGAUGCAAGGGCUGGAAGCACUCAAGAAUGAACACAACUCCAUCUUGCACAGCUUGCUGGAGACCAUUAAGUGCCUGAAGAAAGAUGAAGAAGCCAAUCUCGUGCAUGAGAAAUCCAACCUGCUCCGCAAAUCAGUGGAGAUGAUUGAACUAGGGCUUGGAGAAGCUCAGGUGAUGAUGGCGUUGUCCAACCAUCUGAAUGCUGUGGAGUCAGAGAAGCAGAAGCUGCGUGCUCAGGUGCGGAGACUGUGCCAGGAGAACCAGUGGCUGCGUGAUGAGCUUGCCAACACCCAGCAGAAGCUGCAGCGUAGUGAACAAACUGUGGCUCAGCUGGAGGAGGAGAAGAAACACCUUGAGUUCAUGAAUCAGCUGAAGAAGUAUGAUGAGGAUGUCUCACCUUCGGAGGAGAAGGAGGGUGACUCCACCAAGGACUCCCUGGAUGAUCUGUUCCCAAAUGAGGAGGAGGAGCAUGGUCCCGGAUUGCCCCACCAGCACAGCAGUGCUGUGGCAGCUGCCCAGCAGGGAGGUUAUGAGAUUCCUGCACGCUUGCGCACCCUCCACAACCUUGUUAUCCAGUAUGCGUCACAGGGGCGCUAUGAGGUGGCUGUGCCGCUCUGCAAGCAGGCGCUGGAGGAUCUGGAGAAGACAUCAGGCCACGAUCACCCUGAUGUGGCUACCAUGCUCAACAUUCUAGCAUUAGUGUACAGGGAUCAGAAUAAAUACAAAGAGGCAGCACACCUUUUGAAUGAUGCUCUUUCCAUCCGUGAGAAGACUCUAGGCAAAGACCACCCAGCGGUGGCAGCAACUUUGAACAAUCUGGCUGUUCUCUAUGGCAAGAGAGGGAAGUACAAAGAAGCAGAGCCACUGUGUAAGCGAGCCCUGGAGAUCCGUGAGAAGGUUCUAGGCAAAGACCAUCCUGAUGUGGCCAAGCAGCUGAACAACCUGGCCCUGUUGUGCCAGAACCAGGGCAAGUAUGAUGAAGUGGAGUACUAUUACUGCCGGGCCCUGGAGAUCUAUGAGAGCUGCCUGGGUCCUGAUGACCCCAAUGUGGCCAAGACCAAGAACAACCUGGCUUCCUGUUACCUGAAGCAAGGAAAAUACAAAGAUGCAGAGGUGCUGUAUAAGGAGAUCCUUACCCGUGCUCACGUGAAGGAGUUUGGCUCUGUGGAUGAUGAACACAAGCCUAUCUGGAUGCAUGCAGAGGAGAGAGAGGAGAUGAGCAAGAGCAAACACAGAGACAGUGCUCCCUACGCUGAGUACGGUGGCUGGUACAAGGCCUGUAAGGUUAGCAGCCCAACUGUGAACACCACUCUGAGGAACCUGGGUGCACUGUACCGGCGCCAGGGCAAGCUGGAGGCAGCAGAGACCUUGGAGGAGUGCGCAGUUCGCUCUCGGCGACAGGGCAUUGACCCAAUCAACCAGACGAAGGUGGUGGAGAUCCUGAAGGAGGGUGAUGGCACAGAGAGACGUCGGAGCCUGGGAGGCAGCGUCAAGUACGAGAAUGCCACAGACGGUAGCGAGGAAGCUUAAAUGCCUCCCGAGACUCCCUCUUUCCCCUCCACUGCAGUCACCUGGAUGUUUGUGUUGUAUCUUCCGACUUUUCCUCCACACCAUCCCUCCUUCCUCGGCGAGAGCUCCACACCAGUCCCCCAACCCUCCCGGCGCGCGAGGGCACCGCGAUGCCUGCAGAGGAGUGCCUGGCCACGUGGCCCAGCUCCAGUCCCAUGGCCAGCAAGAGCAGGAAGAAUCUGCGAGGAGCUGCCCACUCCCCCAGGCCAGGGUGACGGGCCACCGUCCCCUUGCAUGCCCCCACCCCCAGCCUGCCCUUGUACAUCCCUGGGGACCAGGCCUGCAGGGGCUUGUCUUCAGUCCAGGCAUGGUGACUCCACUGUCAUUAGACAUCCUCAACCCUCCUAGCUUAUUCCUUCCAUCUCUACAGAAGCACGAAGAUGGGUGGCUGUUAUGGGACAGCAAGGCCUGGCCUAGGCAGGGCUGUCAUGUGCCCAGUUGCUUUCUUCCCUGUAGGCUUAGCUGAUGUUAGUGCUCUGUAGCAAACCUGCGCUGGUCCCUGGUGAGCUGGGCUCUUCCUGCAGCACAGGGCAGUCCCUAUCUUGCUACCGUUCUCCCUGCUGAGCUCAGCAACCCAGGGUAUGUGGGUCUCUCUGCAGGGCACAGGAGUAUAGGAUGGCCCAUAGAGCUACUGGACAUCCAAGACAAGGUGAAGGGAUGACAGCCAAGGGCCAUGCAUGGAACAGGGACCUGCCAGCACAGGCAUGUUUGGCUGCAACCUCCUGACUGGAUGCUGUAGCCACGUUCCUCACCUGAUGGCAUUAAGGGGUGAAUCAGCUCCCCAUUGCUGUGGGGUUCCUAGGUGUGGCUGGUGGGAGAAGCAGGGCUGAAGUUGUUUGCUGUUCCUUGGAGGCAGAGGAAGGGUAGGAGGAAAGAACUUUCCUGCAAGGGGUCAGAUCCCAGGCCAUUAGAAGUGGCUGAGAUGGGGAAAGGACUGGUUUGGAGCAGAAUGGUUGGGAGAAAAAGGAGGUGCAAAGAAGGAUGUGAGGAAGGGAGGAGCUGGGGCUGGGGAUGCUCUGAGCAUGUGGGAGCAGGUGGAGGGAGC